AUGGCUCUCCGCUCGGUUUACGAGUACAUGAAAUACGUGGCACCAGUCAUAUUCUUCAAGCUUGCCUGUUAUUACAUCUUUGGCAUCGACACCGCCACGCUGGCCUCCCUCGUAUUUGGCCUCUUCACCCCCGCGGAACUCCCGGCCGGCCAAAUUUACAAUCCCAACCUCCUAUCACUACAACUGCACAAGCUCGGCUUCCACAUCCAAUCCUCGAUCUUGGGUAUCCCGCAUCAAUGGGGUCUGUUCACGCCCUGCGCGCCGCGCGUGCAGAUUCACCAGGUCCUCUUCUUCAGCUUCCUCUUCCAGUGGUGGGGCCUCCAGUGGUGGCUUUUGGGCUAUGUGGCCCGGAAGCACUAUCGAUGGGGCCGUCCGGUGCGGCACCUUGCGGUGUUUGAGGGUGUGGUGUUUUGUACUACGGCGUAUAUGUGGGUGCUUGCUUGUAAUGAAUACCGUCACUGGGAUGCGGGUGAAGCUUGGGGUAUGGAGAGACCUGGAGAAAGCGUGGAAGUGGUUGAGGUCCGAUACAUGGGUUAG